AUACAUCUAAAAUGGCAGCUCUAACGAAAGGAGUCUUCAUUGUUGCGGCUAAGCGUACCGCUUUCGGCACCUUCGGUGGGGCGUUCAAAAAUACCAACGCGACACAGCUGCAAACUGCGGCUGCCAAGGCGGCGCUCGAUGCGGCCGGAGUCAAGCCGGAACAGGUCGAUUCUGUCAACAUCGGCCAGGUGCUGGUGCUGUCGUCGGUUGAUGGAGCCUUUCUGCCUCGACACGUUUCGCUCGGCUGCGGAAUCCCCAUCGAACGGCCGGCCCUUGGCGUGAACCGGUUGUGCGGAUCGGGCUUCCAGGCGGUGGUAAAUGGCGCGCAGGACAUUUUGGUUGGUGCAGCGCAAAUUUCGCUAACCGGUGGUGUCGACAACAUGUCUCAGACGCCGUACACGCUGCGAAACAGUCGUUUUGGCAUCCCGCUUGGAACGAGCCCGGCACUCGAGGAUGCUCUGUGGACCGGUCUGACCGAUUCAUACUGCAAGCUGCCGAUGGCACUCACGGCGGAAAACCUGGCCGAAAAGCACAAGGUGCCGCGUGAGAAGGUGGACGAGUUCGCGUACCGCUCGCAGCAGCUCUGGAAGAAAGCGAACGAUGAGGGUGUGUUCAAGACGGAAAUCACGCCCUUCAAGCUAAAGGUGAAGGGCAAGGAAGUGGACUUUGCCGUCGACGAACAUCCUCGUCCACAAACCACCUUGGAGGGCCUGACGAAGCUGCCAUCGCUGUUCAAGAAGAACGGAUGUGUAACCGCCGGUACGGCAUCGGGUAUCUGUGAUGGUGCGGCCGCGGUUGUGGUCGCCUCGGAGGAUGCGGUUAAGAAGCACAACCUUACACCCCUGGCUCGGCUGGUGGCGUACAGUACGGUGGGUGUCCCGCCGGAGAUUAUGGGCAUUGGGCCAGUGCCGGCGAUUCGUAGCGUGCUAAACGUGGCCGGCCUGAAGAUGGACGACAUUGAUCUGUUCGAGAUCAACGAGGCGUUCGGCGUGCAGGCUCUGUCUUGCGUUCAGGAGCUUGGCAUCGACAUGAACAAGUUCAACCUGAACGGCGGUGCGAUUGCGCUGGGCCAUCCGCUUGGAGCUUCCGGAUCACGCAUCACUGGCCACUUGGUGCACGAGUUGAGACGAAAGAACCUCAAGCGAGCCGUCGGAUCGGCUUGCAUUGGAGGAGGCCAGGGAAUUGCUGUGCUUUUGGAGGCUGUCUAACUGGCUGCUCUGCGAUCCGGUGGGGAGCAAUGAAACGUACCUCAAACAACGUGUCUGUUUUUUUCUAUGUUUCUACACGACCAGCUGGAAAGAUUGUGAAGAUAAUCGUCUUUUUUUUGUAGUGCAAUAAGGAUCUUGAAAUAGUAAAAGUGCAUUUGUGUGUUAUACUCUU